UACCUCAAUGUAUUCUCUCCGAAUAUAACACCGUCCAAACCGCUGCCGGUCAUGGUUUGGAUUCACGGAGGAGGUUUAACAAGCGGAAGUGGUUCCGAUCAGAUGUACGGACCAGAUUACUUAGUAAGAAAUGAUGUUAUUCUCGUCACACUUAACUAUAGACUCGACGUUCUCGGAUUUCUUUGCCUGGACACGGAAGACGCAGCGGGUAAUGCCGGCAUGAAAGAUCAGGUUGCUGCACUUAGAUGGGUACAAAAGAAUAUAAGCAACUUUGGAGGAGAUCCUAACAACGUUACAAUUUUCGGAGAAAGUGCCGGAGGUGUGAGUGUUUCCUUCCACCUUUUGUCACCUAUGAGCAAAGGAUUGUUUAAGAGAGCCAUACCACAAAGUGGACAGGCUAUCACUUGUUGGGGAACUAAUUUUAGGACUACAGAAAGAUCAUUCCAAUUAGCUAGGGAACUAGGAUGUACUUCAAAAGACGUAAACGAAGUAUUGAAAUUUUUAAAAGCACAACCUGUUGACGCACUUAUUAAUAAAUACGUCACA